UUCAAGUAGUCUUCCUUUUCAUAUAUAUUUUUUUCUUUUCCGAGUUCUAUAACUUGUACUUUUUCUUUUCUUUUCUUUUCUUGCUGGUAGACAUUAAUGGAAGGAGCAUCAGAGAUUAAGCUGGGGAGCUCAAUUCCAGUACCUUUUGUUCAGGAGCUAGCAAAAGAGAUGACCUCCAUUGAUACAGUCCCACAAAGAUACCUUCGACCUGAUCAAGACUCUACCAUUAACAACAUUUCUUCUUCUUCUUCACAACUACUCAUCCCAGUUAUCCACUUCAAUAACUUGCUUUCUUCUGAUAAAAAAGUCAUGGAAUCAGAGCUCCAAAAGCUUCACUCAGCUUCUAAAGAAUGGGGUUUUUUCCAGUUGGUGGAUCAUGGAGUGAGCCCUUUGUUGGUGGAGAAAGUGAAAACAAUGGUUGAAGAGUUUUUCAAUAUGCCAAUGGAAGAGAAGAACAAGUUUAGGCAACAAAGUGGAGAUGUGGAGGGAUUAGGGCAAGCUUUUGUGGUGUCUGAAGAGCAAAAGCUUGAUUGGGCAGACAUGUUCUUUGUGGUCACACAGCCAAACCACUUGAGAAAACCUCACUUGUUACCCAAGUUGCCCAUCUCUUUCAGAGAAACCCUUGAAGCUUACUCAACAGAGCUAGAGAAUAUUGCGAAGAAAGUACUUGACUUUAUGGGAAAAGCUCUAGGAAUGGAGUCUAAUGAAAUGAGCGAGUUAUUUGGAGAAGGGUGGCAAACCAUGAGGAUGAACUACUACCCGCCGUGCCCCCAACCGGAGCUUGUGAUCGGCCUGAACUCUCACUCGGACUCCAUAGGCCUCACCAUUCUUCUUCAAAUCAAUGAAAUGGAUGGUCUUCAAAUUAAAAAAGAUGGAGUUUGGAUCCCUGUCAAACCACUUCCUAAUAAUGCUUUCAUUGUCAACAUUGGAGACAUGUUAGAGAUUAUCACGAACGGAAUUUAUCGAAGUAUUGAGCAUCGUGCAACAGUUAACGCAGAGAAAGAGAGACUUUCCAUAGGCACAUUCUAUGGCCCGAGCUUGUCCGGUGACCUAGGUCCAGCACCAAGUCUUGUGACACCAAAGACACCAGCACAAUUUAAGAGAAUUCGUGUUGUGGAUUAUUUCAAGAGUUUUUUUGCUCGUGAACUUCGUGGUAAAUCCUAUAUUGAUGCAAUGAGGAUUGUUCCCAAAGAAGAAGGCCAAGGUGAUCUUGUCUAAAACACCAAAAGCAUAGUAAAGAAGUUGAAUAAGAGAAUGAGAGAGACCUCAUGGUGUCUCUUGCUCGGUAGCUAAAUUUCUAGUUGUCAAAAUAAUGCCAUAAAACAAAUAUCAUAUAAUUAAAUGUGUACCAUGGAAAAUUUUUGUUGCCCAGGAAAAUUUAUAAAAACACCUUUAAUAUAUAAUUUAUAUGUGUACCAUUUUGGUAUAA